AUGAAGGUUGCUAUUGAAAGAACAGGUGGCCUUGUUGUUCUAGCUGAAAGUUUUGGUCAUUCUGUUUUUAAAGACUCUUUUAGGCGCGUUUUUGAAGAAGGGGAACAAGCACUUGGUCUCUCCUUCAAUGGCACACUUGAGAUAAACUGUUCAAAGGAUAUCAAAGUUCAAGGGAUCAUUGGACCUUGCACGUCUUUGGAGAAGAAAGGACCUGCUGUUGCCAGCACUGUUAUUGGACAGGGGAAUUCUACAGCUUGGAAGAUGUGUGGCCUUGAAAAAAGUACUUGCUUGACUGUUUUCUUUGAUAUUUCAUCUAGUGAAAAAUCGGAUCCUUCAGGAAAUUUAAAUCCACAGUUGUACAUACAGUUUCUUACUAGUUAUCAGAGCUCUGAUGCCCAAACAAGGUUGCAAGUUACAACCAUCACUAGAAGGUGGAUAGAUAGUGCUGUAGGCUCAGAGGUUGGGGUUGCAGAGAUGAAGGUUGCUAUUGAAAGAACAGGUGGCCUUGUUGUUCUAGCCGAAAGUUUUGGUCAUUCUGUUUUUAAAGACUCUUUUAGGCGCGUUUUUGAAGAAGGGGAACAAGCACUUGGUCUCUCCUUCAAUGGCACACUUGAGAUAAACUGUUCAAAGGAUAUCAAAGUUCAAGGGAUCAUUGGACCUUGCACGUCUUUGGAGAAGAAAGGACCUGCUGUUGCCAGCACUGUUAUUGGACAGGGGAAUUCUACAGCUUGGAAGAUGUGUGGCCUUGAAAAAAGUACUUGCUUGACUGUUUUCUUUGAUAUUUCAUCUAGUGAAAAAUCGGAUCCUUCAGGAAAUUUAAAUCCACAGUUGUACAUACAGUUUCUUACUAGUUAUCAGAGCUCUGAUGCCCAAACAAGGUUGCAAGUUACAACCAUCACUAGAAGGUGGAUAGAUAGUGCUGUAGGCUCAGAGGAAUUAGUACAAGGAUUUGAUCAAGAAACUGCAGCUGUAGUAAUGGCAAGGUUGAUUUCUUAUAAAAUGGAGAUUGAGGAAGGAUUUGAUGCCACACGGUGGUUGGAUCGGACCCUUAUUCGUCUCUGUUCCAAAUUCGGUGACUACCGGAAGGAUGACCCAGCCUCAUUUACAUUAAAUCCCAGUUUUUCAUUGUUUCCUCAGUUUAUGUUUAACCUGCGGCGAUCACAAUUUGUGCAGAAAGGACCUGCUGUUGCCAGCACUGUUAUUGGACAGGGGAAUUCUACAGCUUGGAAGAUGUGUGGCCUUGAAAAAAGUACUUGCUUGACUGUUUUCUUUGAUAUUUCAUCUAGUGAAAAAUCGGAUCCUUCAGGAAAUUUAAAUCCACAGUUGUACAUACAGUUUCUUACUAGUUAUCAGAGCUCUGAUGCCCAAACAAGGUUGCAAGUUACAACCAUCACUAGAAGAUGGAUAGAUAGUGCUGUAGGCUCAGAGGAAAUUAAAUCUUAUUCCGAUUUGGUUAUCUUUGGGAGUGCCUGUAUGUCUGGGGCUUAUGUAUUGGAAAUCUCAAUGUUUGCCAUGGACGCUUCCUCUCUCACUGGCACACUUGAGAUAAACUGUUCAAAGGAUAUCAAAGUUCAAGGGAUCAUUGGACCUUGCACGUCUUUGGAGAAGAAAGGACCUGCUGUUGCCAGCACUGUUAUUGGACAGGGGAAUUCUACAGCUUGGAAGAUGUGUGGCCUUGAAAAAAGUACUUGCUUGACUGUUUUCUUUGAUAUUUCAUCUAGUGAAAAAUCGGAUCCUUCAGGAAAUUUAAAUCCACAGUUGUACAUACAGUUUCUUACUAGUUAUCAGAGCUCUGAUGCCCAAACAAGGUUGCAAGUUACAACCAUCACUAGAAGGUGGAUAGAUAGUGCUGUAGGCUCAGAGUUCUGCUGGUUUCCUUUUAGUACUUGGAAGGUUGAUACUGACGGAAGAAUAAUGUCUUUGCAGGAAUUAGUACAAGGAUUUGAUCAAGAAACUGCAGCUGUAGUAAUGGCAAGGUUGACUUCUUAUAAAAUGGAGAUUGAGGAAGGAUUUGAUGCCACACGGUGGUUGGAUCGGACCCUUAUUCGUCUCUGUUCCAAAUUCGGUGACUACCGGAAGGAUGACCCAGCCUCAUUUACAUUAAAUCCCAGUUUUUCAUUGUUUCCUCAGUUUAUGUUUAACCUGCGGCGAUCACAAUUUGUGCAGGUGUUUAACAAUAGUCCAGAUGAGACUGCCUAUUUCCGCAUAUUGUUGAACCGUGAGAGUAUAAUUAACGCAGCUGUGAUGAUUCAACCAUCACUAAUGUCAUAUUCAUUCAAUUCGUUACCUGCACCAGCUUUGCUGGAUGUGGCAUCCAUUGCCGCUGAUCGUAUCCUAUUAUUGGAUUCAUACUUCAGCAUUGUUAUUUUCCAUGGAAUGACAAUAGCUCAGUGGAGGACCAUGGGCUAUCAGAACCAGCUAGAGCACCAGUUCUGCUGGUUUCCUUUUAGUACUUGGAAGGUUGAUACUGACGGAAGAAUAAUGUCUUUGCAGGAAUUAGUACAAGGAUUUGAUCAAGAAACUGCAGCUGUAGUAAUGGCAAGGUUGACUUCUUAUAAAAUGGAGAUUGAGGAAGGAUUUGAUGCCACACGGUGGUUGGAUCGGACCCUUAUUCGUCUCUGUUCCAAAUUCGGUGACUACCGGAAGGAUGACCCAGCCUCAUUUACAUUAAAUCCCAGUUUUUCAUUGUUUCCUCAGUUUAUGUUUAACCUGCGGCGAUCACAAUUUGUGCAGGUGUUUAACAAUAGUCCAGAUGAGACUGCCUAUUUCCGCAUAUUGUUGAACCGUGAGAGUAUAAUUAACGCAGCUGUGAUGAUUCAACCAUCACUAAUGUCAUAUUCAUUCAAUUCGUUACCUGCACCAGCUUUGCUGGAUGUGGCAUCCAUUGCCGCUGAUCGUAUCCUAUUGUUGGAUUCAUACUUCAGCAUUGUUAUUUUCCAUGGAAUGACAAUAGCUCAGUGGAGGACCAUGGGCUAUCAGAACCAGCUAGAGCACCAGGCAUUUGCACAGUUAUUGCAAGCUCCGCGUGACGAUGCUGAACUGAUCAUCCGUGAGCGGUUCCCUGUCCCAAGAUUGGUUGUGUGCGAUCAGCAUGGCUCCCAGGCAAGAUUCCUUUUGGCCAAGUUGAACCCGUCUGCAACGUACAAUAAUGCUCAUGAGAUGGCUGCUGGUUCAGACGUGAUCUUCACAGAUGAUGUGAGUCUUCAAGUGUUCUUCGAACAUCUUCAGAGGUUGGCUGUGCAAUCUUCUUGA